AUGGCUGAUGAACUGGCCACUAAUUAUUCAUGUUUACGGAUCACUAAUGAUGAAAGUAGUAUUGUUUCGUUUGACGACGAACCAGAUUUGCAAGAAGAUGAUAACCUAAACCUAUCCCUUGUGGGGAAGGUUUUGAACGUUCGAUCAUAUAACUUUGAGGCUAUGAAGCGCACCCUAAACCAGAUUUGGUCCAUAUCGAAAGGAGCUCUUUUUCGACCAAUCGAGAAUGAUCUUUUUGUUGUUCAGUUUGCGAAUCUUAGGGACAAAAAUAAAGUGCUGGUAGGGAGGCCAUGGACGUUUGACCAGAGCUUGGUUAUCCUCAAUGAAAUUGAUGGGAAAGCGCAGCCUUCGAACAUAUCCUUGACCCAUUGUCCUUUUUGGGUGAGAUUAUACAAUCUGCCUAUGGAUAGCCGAACUGAAAGACGCAUCAAACUGAUUGGAGGAGGUUUGGGAACAGUUGUGGAGGUUGAUCAUGAUGGUAUAGCGUGGGACAAAUCCGCUCGUCUCAAGAUUUUGUUGGACGUGACAAAACCAUUACGUCGCAUACAACAAAUUCGAAGAAGGGAAGGGCACGUUGUGUUCAUUGAUGUGAAGUAUGAGAGGCUUCCCAACUUCUGCUAUGGUUGUGGGAUUCUGGGUCAUAUAGAAAGGGACUGUUUGGAUAUAACGGACGAGGAGAGAGAACAAGAGAAGCAAUGGGGUUCGUGGCUUCGAGCUUCUCCCCGUCGAGGCCGCAUAAAAAUGGAGGAGGAGGUGAAGAUUUUCCGCAGCUGUGCUCGUAAUCUGAAAUUUUCACCCCCGAACUCUAGGACUGUGGUAGAAAGUGUGAAGGAUUUGCCUAAGGAGCCGCAAACUUUUCUAGUGGAGGAAGUUAGCAUGCCCAUAGGAGGUGAAAAUAAAGAUGAUACUGCAUGGCCAGAUAAUGGGAAGUCAAACCUUGAGGCUUCACAUGCAAUUAGUGAAAAGGAGUUUGAUGUUGAUCAGGGGGCUGCUACGGUUUUGCUACAGCAGGCCAAAGUUGAUAAAAUUCCAUCGACAGUAGGUGGGUCAGACGUGGGUAUUGCGGUCCAGAGUGGUAUUUCGGUGCCUCCUAUCCCAGGUGAACUAAAAAGUUUCUCUUUUGUUGCUGGAGAUGGUAGUAUUACUACUAGGUUUAAAAAGUUAAAGUCAAAAAAACAUGUGGUGAAACCUUUUGAUAAUUCUCUAAUUUUAAAUCCGUGCAAUAUUUCAAAUGGUUUUAUGAGUGGUGAUAAGCGGAAAUUGGUGGAUAAUAUGUUGAUUGAUGAUGUACCUGAACAAGCUGAAUUAAGUGUGAAAAAACAAAAAUUGAAUGGUAAUUCUGUUACUGGCAGUGGUAAUGACAUUGUCGAGGCGGAGGUUGGGAGCUACCAACCCCGCCAGGAGUUAUGA